UACUAAUACAUGAAAAAAUGGUUCAUUCACUUUUCUUUGACAACACGAAAGUGAAAUUGACUGUGUUGGUAAAAAUCUAAAAUUUUGGCCGAAAAUGGUAUUGUUAUAUUCUGGGUAUAUAACGAAAUAAAUAAUAUUAGUCAAUAUGAAGACGGACGGGGACGUUGAUAACAAUCUGACUCUAAAUGAACUUAAUAAUUACAUUCAAAGUUUACGAGAAUGGAUUGAAAGUGCUAAAACGGUUCAACAACAAAAUUAUCAAGCGUUUCAAGAUGUUGUGAGAUUAUCAAAUCAAAGACCUGCUCCAAAUCGUGUUGGAUUGAUUCAAUUUGUGAUCCCACCGUUAUGGAAACGAUUCGCAGCAGAAACGAUCGAUUUCAUUCUACUAUUUACAUUAAAACUUUACCUUACAUUUCUACUCUUUUACAAUUUUGAUUUUAGCUUUCCUCUUGCUGACAAAGAGGAGUUAAUUUCUAUUUUGGAAAAUCCUGAAAAAGUUGCUGCUGUUUCUGCAGAACUUGCUGUUUUGGAAGUACUAUAUCGUGUACUUGCUUGUAUUUAUGAGACUUACUGGUUGCAUGGUGCAGAACCAGCAUCACCUGGAAAAUUUUUAUUGGGUCUUCGUGUUUAUUGCACUGAAGAAGUGGUGACAAUCAAUGAAAAUGAAAAUCCUGUAUUGUUGGUAAAUCCUGGUAGUUUGGGAUGGGCGAAAUCAUUUUGGAGAGCCAUACUUAAGAAUAUACUAUUGGGUCUAGUCAUGUUUCCGAUGUGUUUUGGUAUGUUCAUAUCAAGACAUAAUCGAACCGUAUACGAUUUAUUGGUGGGGACAGUCGUGGUGGAACAUAACCCGGAAGUGCGUGUGAUACCGCAAAAUGUGAACAACUAAAACAGAGAUUAUAAUAAUUAUAAUUAACGGUUGGGACCAAGUAAAAAAACGAGUUGAAUAAAAAAUUAUAAUACUUUUUUAUUUUUAUAAAUUCUACAUUGUGGGUUUAUCGAAAAAUUGUAUAAUUCCGUACAAGUGAAUGAUAUUUUUAAUUAUUUUAACAUACUUAUUUUCAUUUUGGAAUUGAAGCUAUAUUAUUCCGGUUAAAAUGAAAGAUGAUCUCAAUGAAUGGCAAAAAAAUGAUCGUCAAAUACGAACAUAUGAACACAUACAUUAUGAAUAUUAA